CACCAGACGAGCCGGUGGCAACUGCAGACAAACCUCUCCAGAUGAUCUCAAUGGGCGGUGUGGUUCAUAACGAAGAAGACGUUCUCUUAAAACGUCUUAUAUUGUCUCUUGGUAUCACACAGUUCCCUAGGGAGAAGCUCAGAUUAAUUGCUAGAAAACAUUCAGUUUGGCUUAUCAAGUAUCCAGCUGUCUGGAGACUACAGUAGCUUACAACCACUUUGAGAACUUAUUUUGUUAUAGCUGGAAAACAGUAUAUAACGAUUUGUAAUAAUAUUAGCAUGACAAACAAAGAGUCUGGGCCUGGUGAGGCUGCUAAGCAGUGGUCUCUUCCUACAGUUCUUGCUCAGGAGAAAAACAUGGAGCAAGGAGACCCUUUGACCCUGUUGGGAUCUGCACUUGAGCAUGGGGAGAAAAUGGAUGCACAAGACCCAGUGGUCAAAGAAUCAGGAAAUGAAGAAGGAAAGGGCCCUGAUGCCAUGCAGGCUGAGAGCAGUGUUGGAUUCUGGGAAGAAACUGUGCAGAAGAUCCUGGAUGAAGAAAGCCCUGGUUUGGAUGCAAAGCGCCAGUGCUUCAGGCAGUUCUGCUAUCAGGAGGCCACGGGGCCCCGUGAGACUUGCAACCAACUUCGUGAUCUUUGCCAUCAGUGGCUGAAGCCGGAAACACACACAAAGAUGCAGAUCCUGGACCAGGUGAUCCUGGAGCAGUUUCUGACCAUCUUGCCCACGGAGAUAGAGAACUGGGUGAGAGAAUGUGGUCCGGAGACCAGUUCCCAGGCGGUGGCCCUGGCAGAAGGUUUCCUUCUGAGCCAGGUGGAGGAGAUGAAGGAGGAUGAGCAGGUGCCGUGGCCAUGUGCGGAGGUGGCUGUUGAUUCCCCCAGGUCACAGGAGGCUCCAUUAGACACCUCUCAGAAGCUGCUCUUCGGCAGGAUACCACAGGAGAGUCGAACUCGGGACACCUCACUUGGUGGUAAAACGACGUCUCUGCUACCUUUGGAAUCUCUGCCUCUUUGUUCUGGAGCAGCCAUUGUGCAGCCGUCGCAGGAUCCGGUCACCUUGGAGGAGGUGGCUGUGUGUUUCUCCGAGGAGGAGUGGGCUCUGCUGGAUCCAAGCCAAAGGGCUCUGCACAGGGAAGUCAUGGAGGAGAAUUCUGGGCAUUUGGCCUUGCUGGCUGAGAAGACUGUGAGAGAAAUCCAAAUGGAGAAUUUCCCACAGGAAGGCUUGGUAUCAGAAGGCACUUUGGAGAGUCUGCUGGGAGGAUCCGUUCAGAGUAUAUUUCUCUUAACUGAUGGCAUUGAGACAGGUGAUAGAUGGGACAGUGAGAGUGAAGACAGACCACGUGCAAUGUCAUCAGAAGGGAUGGAAGGAAACUUCAGAAAUCACGAGAAGGCAAAAAAGCAGAAGGGGAAUAAAUCCAUUGUCUGGCAGGCUGGCAACUUCCAUGCAACUCCAGCUCAGCGAGAGAAGCAAACAGGAAUGAGGAGGAAUGUCUGCCCAGUGUGUGCAAAAAGCUUCAGUCAUAAAUCAGACCUGAAUGUCCAUUGGAGAAUCCACACAGGUGAAAAGCCAUUUAAAUGUCCAGAGUGUGGGAAGAAUUUCCGGCAACGGGCAAGCCUGACGUCGCAUCAGAGAAUUCACACAGGGGAGAGGCCAUAUAAGUGUUUGGAGUGUGGGAAGGGUUUCUUUGAGAAAUCACACCUCCUUAUACACCAAAGAAUCCACACGGGAGAGAAACCAUAUAAAUGUUCGGUAUGUGGAAAGAGCUUCCAUCGGAGCUUCAGCCUUACUUCCCAUCAAAGAAUCCAUUCAGGAGAGAAGCCCUAUACCUGCUCAGAAUGUGGAAAGUGCUUUUAUGAUAACUCACAUCUUCUUAGACACCAAAGAAUCCACACAGGAGAGAAACCAUAUAAAUGCCUGGAGUGUGGAAAGAACUUCAGUGACAGGAGAAACCUUACUUCCCAUCAGAGAAUCCACACAGGGGAGAAACCCUACAACUGCUCCGAAUGCGGCAAGAGUUUUAAUGACAAAUCAAACCUUCUUACCCAUCAAAGAAUCCACACGGGAGAGCGGCCAUAUAAAUGCUCAGAGUGUGAAAGGAGCUUCAGUCAGAGGAAAAACCUGAUAUCCCAUGAAAGAAUCCACACAGGAGAGAAACCAUAUAAAUGCCUGGAGUGUGGAAAGAACUUCAGGCAACAGGCAGACCUAACUUCCCAUCAAAGAAUUCACACAGGAGAGAGACCAUACCAGUGCCUGGAGUGUGGGAGGAGCUUUUAUAGGAAAGCAGACCUAAAUAGACAUCAGAGAAUUCACACCGAAGUGGGAAAUCCAAUCAUUUCUUGGAGUGUUGAAGUUGCAUCAGAUGGUGCACCGAUCUUAUGUCCCAUCAGUGAAUUUGCAGAGGAAAACCAGUACAUAAUUCCCAAAACUGAACAAGAUCUUGGUUGCUACAUCAGCCCUUAUUAAACAUCAGAGAACUCGUAUUGCAGAGACACUUCCUCCCCCACCCUCAAAAAAUACUUGAAGUAUGGAAAGAGCUUCUGUUACAGCAAAUUAUAUAAACUGUCAGAUGUAUCAAGAUCUCGUUUAUAAAUCAAACUUUAAUGCAGGUAUCAACUGCGGCUGAGUAUGAUCAUCCUCCCUUCAGGAAAAAAAAGGAGUACCCUUAAUUUCUGGACUCUGGAUAUGUAAUCUCAUAACAUGCAUGCUUUUUCAUGAAAGGACUCAUUCAAACCUACUAACUGAGCAAAGGGGCACCCUUGAAGUGGUGGUUCUCUAAUAAUUAGCAGUGGUAGAGCAACAGUCCCUAUUCAGUUCAGCAUAGCACAUCCUCCAGUGGCUGUUGCUGGUACAAAAUUAUUGUACCAUUGCAUUUAUUUUUUUUAAGGUUAUGAAACCCUUUGGAGCAGAAAACCAUUCUUUCAUUUGCUCGCUAUGUCAACGGCCUUGUUGAAAAGCAGUAUAUAACAUUUUCUAAACUAAACAAAAGUGCUUGCCAAAGAUCACUAGCCAACCUGCUUGUGAAGGGUUCCUCUCCUCUUUUUUUCUUUGUGCCUUAAUUAUGUGCCUGUAACUUCUAUUUUCUUAUUAAACUGUAUUCCUGUGGAAAUGA